UAUUCGUUUCUCUCGUUCUUUCCUUCUUUUUCCUCCAUCCUUUCUCACUCUCCCACUCUAAUUCCCAUCCCUUCUCGUUUUUUCAUUGUUGACCUUCUCUCUUUCUCUCUCAAGAACUGACUCACGACGGGGAAGCCAAUUUGGGAUCUGGUGACAAGCAGUCAGCUGUUCAUGGUUCUGUUUCUGCUGUAAUAUCAGUUCUCAAGGAUUCUGAAAGAAGCUGUCCUCACUUCAAGGUUUGCUCCACUCUGUGAAUAUCAACUUCGUUUAUACAAUUUGGUUUGCCUCAAUUAAGUUUCACUGACAAAGCCAACUUAGUUUCACUGACUGUUGAGAUUAUUCAACGGGAGAAUGCACCCCUCAGCCACCAAAAAUAACUUCUCAGAAAACAGCCCAACAAACUGAUGCUAAGAAGCACCAGACAGCUAAAAAAAAUAGCAAGUAUGAUCAGGAACCCCUCUGCAUUGAAGUCAGCAACCCAAUCACAAGUGAAAAGCAUUAAUCCAGCUAGUGCAAUAAGGAACGCAAAUAUUAAAAUUACAUCUGAAGCUCCAAAUUUUGCUCAAGAAAUUCAAGCUAUAAAGAGGCAAAAACUUGAAGAGGGGAAAGCUAGAGAGAGCGGCUAUGUCGAUCAACGGCUACUGAAUAUCAAUGCCAAGUGGAAUGUUCUCUAUCGAUUCCCAGAAUUAUUACUGGAAUGGAUGUUUCCCAUGGCAUUUUCAGGAAUUCAUUCUUUUCACACAGAUAGUAUAACCAGCCUGUCACAGGAAUUCAUUAUUUGAAAAGCUUUUUAAUGGAGAGAUGGUUAUUUUAUUAA